CGUCAUACGUCUGCUCCCGCAGUCUGCUGUUUCUGGUGGAGGUUUGUUUUCAACAUUUAAGGUCUGUCGCUACCAAAUCAAUUCAGUAAUAAAUGCUCUGAAUAUUCCUGUCAUCUUUGAAUUGAAGAAGAGUUUCCAGAAGAGCAGGACAAACUUCAAGUGUGUCAACAAUUUCUGACAUAUUACUGCAAAGAUGGAUUUUAUUAAAGAGGAGAGAGAGGACAUGGGUUAUCCAGAACCACACAGAGUGAAAGAUGAAGAAACUGAGGAACAAAUAGGUUUUUGGACACUUGGAUUACAAAAGACCAGCAUCCCAGAUGCUGUAACCUUUUAUUCCUAUGUUGUUUCAAUUAUACCCAGACCUGAUGCUUGUGAAAGAGGAAUGUCAAGAACAUGAUGAAGUGGAAGAGAUACAUCAGUAUCAGCCAUCAAGUAAUUCUGAAAAUAAUUCUUCACAUAAAAGUCAAGAAAAAAGAGCCAAAAAAUCUUAUACCUGCCCUCAGUGUGGAAAGAGCUUCAAACAAAAAGGAAACCUUAAGAAUCACAUAAAAAUUCACACUGGAGAGAAGCCUUUCACAUGCCUUCAGUGUGGAAAGAGUUUCAUACGUGCAGACAGCCUUAUGGAGCACAUGCGAAUUCACUCUGGAGAAAGGCCAUUCAUAUGCCCUCAGUGUGGAAAGAGUUUCACACGUAAAGCUCAUCUUAACAGUCAUGCAAGAAUUCACGCUGAAGAGAAGCCUUUUAAGUGCCUCCAGUGUGGAAAGAGUUUCACACGUGAAGUUCAUCUUAAGAGUCACACAAGUGUUCACGCUAAAGAGAAGCCCUACACGUGCCUCCAGUGUGGAAAGAGUUUUACACGUGCAGACAGCCUUAAGAAGCACAUGAGAAUUCACACUGGAGAGAAGCCUUCCGAAUGCCUUCAGUGUGGACUGAGUUUCACACAAAAAGGAAACCUUAAUAAACACAUAAAAAUUCACACCGGAGAGAAGCCUUACAUAUGUCUUCAGUGUGGACAGAGUUUCACACAAAAAGGAAACCUUAAGUAUCACAUAAAAAUUCACACUGGAGAGAGGCCAUUCACAUGCCUUCAGUGUGGAAAGAGUUUCAUACGUCCAGACAGCCUUAUGCAACACAUGAGAAGGCACUCUGGAGACAGGCCUUUCAUAUGCCCUCAGUGUGGAAAGAGUUUCACACGUAAAGCUCAUCUUAAUAGUCAUGCAAGAAUUCACGCUGAAGAGAAGCCUUUCACAUGCCUCCAGUGUGGAAAGAGUUUCACACGUGAAGUUCAUCUUAAGAGUCACACAAGUGUUCACGCUAAAGAGAAGCCUUUCACGUGCCUCCAGUGUGGAAAGAGUUUUACACGUUCAGACAGCCUUAAGAAGCACAUGAGCAUUCACACUGGGAAAGCCUUGAGUAGUGCCAGCGACUUGAAAAUGCAUCAAAGAAUCCAUAUUGGAGAAAAACCUUACAAGUGUUCACAUUGUGAAAAGAGUUUCAGUCGGCCAGGAGUUUUGAAAGUGCAUGAGAGAGUCCAUACUGGAGAGAAGCCAUACCACUGCCAUAUAUGUGGAAAGAGCUUUAGCCAAUCAGGUCAUCUACUGGUUCAUUUAAAAAGGUGUCAUGGAAAGUCACAGUGAGCAAAGUUCCUCUUCACUUGCAGGGAAUAGUUUUAAAUUCAGAAAAUCCCAAAGAUAGAAUUCAGUGGUGCAACAAGGAUCUUAUGGGCCCCAGUUCAAUGUGCCUUUUCAUGACGAUAUACAGUGCAUCCGGAAAGUAUUACAUAAGUUAAUAAGUUACAGCCUUAUUCCAAAACAGAUUAAAAUCAUUAUUUUCCUCAAUUCUACAAACAACAACCCAUAAUGACAACAUGAAAGAAGUUUGUUUGAAAUGUAUUAAAAAUAAAUAAUUUUAAAAAAAAUCACAUGUACAUAAGUAUUCACAGCCUUUGCCAUGACACUCAAAAUUGAGUUCAGGUGCAUCCUGUUUCCACUGAUCAUCCUUGAGAUGUUUCUACAACUUGAUUGGAGUACAUCUGUGGUAAAUUCAGUUAAUUGGACAUGAUUUGGAAAGGCACAAACCUGUCUAUAUAAGGUCCCACAGUUAACAGUGUAAACCGAGCAAUGAAGUCCAAUGAAUUGUCUGUAGACCCCUGAGACUGGAUUGUAUUGAGGCACAGUUCUGGGGAAGGGUACAGAUAAAUUUAUGCAGCAUUGAACGUCCCAAUGAGCACAGUGUCCUUCAUCAUCUGUAAUUGGAAGAAGUUUGGAAGUGCCAGGACUCUUCCUAGAGCUGGCCGUCCGGCCAAACUGAGCGAUCGGGCUAAAAGGGCCAUAGACAGGGAGGUGACCAAGAACCCGAUGGUCACUCUGACAGAGCUCAAGCGUUUCUCUGUGGAGAGAGGAGAACCUUCCAGAAGAACAACAAUCUCUGCUGCACUCCAUCAAUCAGGCCUGUAUGGUAGAGUGGCCAGACGGAAGCCACUCCUCAUUAAAAGCCACAUGACAGCCCACCUGGAGUUUGCCAAAAGGCACCUGAAGGACUUUCAGACCAUGAGAAACAAAAUUCUCUGUCUGAUGAAACAAAGAUUGAUCUCUUUGUCAUGUCUGGAGGAAACCAGGUACUGCUCAUCACCUGGCCAAUACCAUCCCUAGAGUGGUGGCAACUGGGGCAGUGGUGGCUCAAUGGUUGAGGCUCAGGGUUACUGACCAGAAGGGCGGGGGUUCAAGCCCCAGCACCACCAAGAGCCACUGUUGGGCCCUUGAGCAAGGCCCUUAACUCCAGGCUGCUCCGGGGGGAUUGUCCCUGUAAUAAGUGCACUGUAAGUCGCUUUGGAUAAAAGCAUCUGCCAAAUGCAUAAAUGUAAAUGUAGAGUGAAGCAUGGUGGUGGCAGCAUCAUGCUGUGGGGAUGUUUUUUAGCGGCAGGAACUGGGAGACUAGUCAGGAUCAAGGGAAAGAUGAAUCAGCAAUGUACAGAGACAUCCUUGAUGAAUUCCUGCUCUAGAGCGCUCUGGACCUCAGACUGGGGCGAAGGGUCAUCUUCCAACAGGACAACAACCCUAAACACACAGCCAAGAUAACAAAGGAGUGGCUAUGGGACAACUCUGUGAAUGUCCUUGAGUAGCCCAGACUUGAACCCGAUUGAACAUCUCUGGAGAGAUCUGAAAAUGGCUGUGCACCGACGCUCCCCAUCCAACCUGAUGGAGCUUGAGAGAGGUCCUGCAAAGAAGAAUGGGAGAAAUUGCCCAAAAAUAGGUGUGCCAAGCUUGUAGCUUCAUACACAAUAAGACUUGAGGCUGUAAUUGGUGUCAAAGGUGCUUCAACAAAGUAUUGAGUAAAGGUUUUGAAUACUUAUGAACAUGUUUUUUUUAUUUUUAAUAAAUUUGCAAAGAUUUCAAACAAACUUCUUUCACAUUUUCAUUACGGGGUAUUGUUUGUAGAAUUUUGUAGAAAAUAAUUAAUUUAAUCCAUUUUAGAAUAAGGCUGUAACAUAACAAAAUGUGGAAAAAGUGAAGCGCUGUGAAUACUUUCCGGAUGCACUGUAUAUGUACAUUGAUUACCAAUCACUACAUAGUACUGGGCAUUUAUUAUUUAGACACGGCACAUCUAACAACUGAUGUUAAUUUGGCUCACAUGCAGGGGGAAUUAACUAGGAAUGAAUUGCACCCACUAAAAGAGCUGUUUUUAACACACUUUCUGCCCUGCUGUAGCGUCUGAUUCUCUAAAGCAAUUAUGCCAAUUAGGUAACACAAUUUGCAUGCCACAAAUAUUUUCAAGUUUUUUAAAAGUUCAGUUAUUCGGUGCAAUAAAUGGCUGUGAGUCAUUCUAUUAUGUUUUUUGUUGACAUGUUAUUACAAUUAAACCGAAGACUGUACAGUUUGAUGAACAUUUUUAAUUAUGUCCCUGUUUUAGAGGGACUAAAUGCCCCCCUUUCUCAAAUCACAAAAUUAUGCGCUUUUUAAUUUUUCUAACAAAAAAUAUAUAGCUUUGUUAUUUAUGACUUUAUAUCCAUACACUUGUUAUGAUUUAUUUUUCUUAAUUUAAGUAAAUUACUCCCUUCAUAUCUCUUUGCUCUUAUGUCAAUUUUUAUCUGUAUUUUGGCAAUUUGGUUUAAUCCCCUUAGUGGUGAAAUGUAAUUAAUUUUUUUCUGUUCUGAAAACUCGUGUCUGUUAUUGGAAUACAAUAAAAAAGAAGUGUGUCUUCUCGUUGGCCAACAACCACUUGAAACAACCAUAAAUAAGGCUUACAGGCUGGUCUCAUUUCUUCUGUUGAUGUUAAUCAGUGUAAUCUUUACCGGCUCGGGAACGCCCUGUCCAUAAAAAGUCUGGAAAAACUUCCAUCAAGAAUAAAGGUAAUGGGUAAUGUGUGUCUACCUCUCCAUUAUGCUGUUUGUUGUAAGGAUAAAUGUGAUGUAAAUUCUGUCAUGUGACACUACAUUUUUGCGUUAAUGCCAUUAUUCUUUCCAGACCAGUUUUUUAUGACAACUGAUGUGUCGACAUAGGAUUAUGCCUA